CAACAACGCAGCAUUUUAUUCAAUAAAACUUCAUGAAAAAGCAUCAAUUUAUUUUCUCACAAAAUCUCUCUAUCAGCUAGACAAAUAGGGAUCAUCUCUUCGUGUGUCUCAGUCAUAAGAAAUCGAGCAAUCAAGUAUGGCCCCGACUCAUAUUAUCAGGGGACUUCCAUUCCAUAACGCAUCUUGGUUUCCAGUGAAAAAUAUCGAAGAUACUUUAGACUAUGUUCCUCAAGAUGGGGAUAUUAUUGUCACUUCUUAUCCUAAAACGGGAACCACUUGGCUCGAAUAUAUAGUGUUCCAAAUCAUAUCUAAAGGGGAAUUGUUUCCCAACUUUGAUGAAUGCUGGCACAAAUAUGCUCCGUUUCUGGAACUGGUGGGAACAGCUGUUUUGCGAAAUAUGGAAAAGCCAAGAAUAUUCAAACACCAUUGCCCUUACAAUAUGGUACAGAAAAAUGACAAAGCCAAAUAUUUCUACAUUUAUCGCAAACCAGAAGACACUGUUGUUUCUUAUUAUCAUUUCGCGCGUAAUAUGUGGUUAGAGCCACCUGAACUAGAUGAAUUCUUCGAAGAUUUCAUCACAGGAAAUAUAGGAUAUGGCCAUUAUUUCGACCACGUGUUGUCCUACUUUGCUCAUAAGGACGAUGAGAAUAUGCUAAUAGUGUCAUAUGAAAAACUUCUGCUUAAUACACGAGAGGAGAUUCUGAGAAUUGCAAAAUAUCUCGGUGAUGAGUAUUACCAAACUCUCUCUGAAAAUGAAUCUAUAAUGGACAAAGUUUUAGAACACACGAGUUUUGAUUACAUGAAAAAGAAUCUUUCUUUAACGCAUCCAGGAAAAGAAUGUGCAGAAAGAAAAGUGAAUUUUUUUAGAAAAGGAACCAUUGGUAAUGGGAAGCACUCGCUGAAACCAGACCAGCUGAAACGUCUUAAAGACUUAGCAUUGAAAAGAUUGGAAGAAAUCGAGCAAUCAAGUAUGGCUCCGACUCAGAUUAUCAGGGGACUUCCAUUCCCAAAAGCAUCUUGGUUUCCAGUGAAAAAUAUCGAAGAUACUUUAGACUAUGUUCCUCAUGAUGGGGAUAUUAUUGUCGCUUCUUAUCCGAAAACGGGAACCACUUGGCUCGAAUAUAUAGUGUUCCAAAUCAUCUCUAAAGGGGAAUUGUUUCCCAGCUUUGAUGAAUGCUUGUACAAAUAUGCUCCAUUUCUGGAACUUGUGGGAACAGCUGUUUUGGGAAAUAUGGAAAAGCCAAGAAUAUUCAAACACCAUUGCCCUUACAAUAUGGUACAGAAAAAUGACAAAGCUAAGUACGUCUACAUUUAUCGGAAGCCGGAAGACACAAUUAUUUCUUAUUAUCAUUUCGCGCGUAAUUUGUGGUUAGAGCCACCUGAACUGGAUGAAUUCUUCGAAGAUUUCAUCACCGGAAAUAUAUCAUAUGGCCAUUAUUUCGACCACGUGUUGUCCUAUUUUGCUCAUAAGGACGAUGAGAAUGUGCUAUUAGUGUCAUAUGAAAAACUUCUGCUUCAUAAACGAGAGGAGAUCCUGAGAAUUGCAAAAUAUCUUGGUGAUGUGUAUUACCAAACUCUCUCUGAAAAUGAAUCUAUAAUGGACAAAGUUUUAGAACACACGAGUUUUGAUUACAUGAAAAAGAAUCUUUCUUUAACGCAUCCAGGAAAAGAAUGUGCAGAAAGAAAAGUGAAUUUUUUUAGAAAAGGAACCAUUGGUGAUGGGAAGCACUCGCUGAAACCAGACCAGCUGAAACGUCUUAAAGACUUAGCAUUGAAAAGAUUGGAAGGUACCGAUUUGCUCAAAGAAUGGUUAGAUGAGUAAAACUAUAUUUAAGCAAGUUCGAUUAUGAGUUUCCGAUGUCAUCGACUAUUUUUCAGAAAUAAGGAUGACAAUUUUUGAGGCUUGAUGAGUACAAACUACAAUAAAUUAAUUUAAGUAAAAACUGCAUUGAGUUUAUUGAAGGAUUAUUUAGGAUGGAUGGUAGUUUUCAAAUUUUGAAUGCAUGUGUAUUGUUCUCUACAGCAAUAGAUUAUUAUAAUAUAUAUUUUUAAUCAGUUAUCAGUACAUUGAUAAAGUUAACUAAUUUUUAUGAUUUAUAGCAAUUUUACUUGGUAGUUAAUUUGAAAGAAUUAAUUAAAGUUUACAAAAAUGUGUGUUACCAAUAAUUAAAUGAAUUAUAAAUUGUGAAUGAAAAAAUAUUUAAAAUUGAAAGAAAAGUUCAAUUAAUGUACCGUUUAAUAUAUUAAUAAAAAAAUUCUUACCAAAUUUAUUUAUUUAUUUAUGUUUGACUGACAAAUAUUUAAAGGGAAAUGUUGAACAUGGUCUUUCGAAAUUGACCUAGGAUAAAUGGUAGUAAUUUCUGAUCUUUCAAAAAAUUUAUCUUGUUUUGUAAAUAUAAAUAAUAAUUUUCACUUAACCCUGUAAAUAUUCGAAUGUUUAUCAAUUUCACUUAUAAAUUUACAAGACACACUAUUAUUGACCGUAUCAAUGAUUCCUAUAUCAUUAGAAAUAAACAUAUAUUGCCAAUAGUGACCUCUAAAUGACCUAAAGAAUAAUCUAUUGUUUCAGUCAAAUAUUUGAAUCAUGAAAUCUAGAUAUUCAUGCAAUUCUUUGGUUCUGUUAGUCACAUUCAGUAAAAUAUUUUCGAUGUGAAAACAAUUAAUAAAAUGUACUCUCUUAUACUGUCAAAGCUUGGAUGUUUGAAUAGCAUUAUUUUAGAGCAUUUAAACCAUAGGAAUGAAUAUGAUUGCACAUUACCUCCUUGAAGUGCCUUUGAUAUCAAGGAUAUAAAAAAAUAAAAUUCAAAGCUUCAAAGCUUUGGUCGUAGAAAUGUGGAACUAUUUUUUAUUUUAUAUGUAGUGUACCAA